CCUUUGAGGCAGUGCAGCCCACUCGCCUGAUACUCUUUUACUGAAAUCGCAGAUCCUGCCUCAGUUUCCCAUACGCAAAAUGACCGAUUGAGCUUAUUCUCCCCCACCCCCACCCGGGGCCUUCUCGCGGUAACUCAGUGCAGCCUGGACAAGCAGAGAGGGCGUCCUAAGAGCAGCUGAGCCGCGUCCCCCAGUUUGAUGGUGACAGUGCCUACGUGGGGAUGAGUGAUGGAAACCCAGAGCUCCUGUCAACUGGCCAGACCUAUAACAGCCAGAGCGAGAGCAACGAAGACUAUGAGAUCCCCCCGAUAACACCUCCCAACCUCCCAGAGCCACCCCUCUUGCACCUGGGGGACCACGAAGCCAGCUACCACUCACUGUGCCACGGCCUUGCACCCAACGGUCUGCUCCCUGCCUACCCCUACCAAGCCAUGGAUCUCCCGGCCAUCAUGGUGUCCAACAUGCUGGCCCAGGAUGGCCACCUGCUGUCGAGCCAACUGCCCACGAUCCAGGAGAUGGUUCACUCCGAGGUUGCUGCCUACGACUCGGGCCGGCCAGGGCCCCUACUGGGACGCCCAGCGAUGCUGGCCAGCCACAUGAGUGCCCUCAGCCAGUCCCAGCUCAUCUCCCAGAUGGGCAUCCGGAGCGGCAUUGCCCACGGCUCCCCGUCACCCCCAGGGAGCAAAUCGGCCACCCCCUCGCCCUCCAGUUCAACUCAGGAGGAGGAAUCCGAAGCCCAUUUCAAGAUCUCGGGAGAGAAGAGACCCUCGGCCGACCCAGGGAAAAAGGCCAAGAACCCUAAGAAGAAGAAGAAGAAGGACCCCAAUGAGCCACAGAAGCCUGUGUCAGCCUACGCACUCUUCUUCAGAGACACUCAGGCCGCCAUCAAGGGGCAGAACCCCAGUGCCACCUUUGGGGAUGUUUCCAAAAUCGUGGCCUCCAUGUGGGAUAGCCUGGGAGAGGAGCAGAAGCAGGCAUACAAGAGGAAGACAGAAGCGGCGAAGAAGGAGUAUCUGAAAGCUCUGGCAGCCUACAGGGCUAGCCUCGUCUCCAAGAGCCCUGCAGACCAAGGCGAGACCAAGAGCGCUCAGGCGAAUCCGCCAGCCAAAAUGCUCCCGCCCAAGCAGCCCAUGUACGCCGUGCCCGGCCUGGCCUCCUUCCUGACGCCCUCUGACCUGCAGGCCUUCCGCAGCGGGGCCUCCCCCGCCAGCCUCGCCCGGACGCUGGGCUCCAAGUCACUGCUGCCAGGCCUCAGCGCAUCCCCGCCGCCGCCGCCCUCCUUCCCGCUCAGCCCCCCACUGCACCAGCAGCUGACACUGCCCCCGCAUGCACAGGGCGCCCUCCUCAGCCCACCCGUCAGCAUGUCCCCGGCCCCCCAGCCUGCUGUCCUGCCCGCCCCCAUGGCGCUCCAGGUGCAGCUGGCGAUGAGCCCCUCUCCUCCAGGCCCACAGGACUUCUCCCACCUCUCUGAGUUUCCCAGCGGCUCCGGCUCCCGCUCCCCUGGCCCAUCCAACCCCACAGGCAGCGGGGACUGGGACAGCAGCUACCCCAGUGGGGAGUGUGGCAUCAGCACUUGCAGCCUGCUCCCCAGGGACAAAUCGCUCUACCUCACCUAAUCCACCUCCCCUCUCCUCCCUGAGCCUCACUGGACGGGAGUCGCUCAGAGCCUGAAGGGCUGACCGCAGGAGAGAGGCCGUGACAGGAGGCAGGGUGACCGGCCAGUGAGACAGUGAAACAUCAGCAGCCCAGGGCUGAGUCUCGCCCUCGACCUCCCACCAGACUCCGCAGAGGCAGCCCAGCGCCCGCUGCCAGCCCAAAGAACCUGCAGGAAUCCUCUGCCCGCUCGCCUGCUUGCUCCAGGGUAGCCGCGGACCCUGCUCCUUGCCCGCACAAAACUCCCUCUGUCUGGACGUCGUCGUCGUCGUCGUCGU